AGUUAAUCAUAUUUUACACGUCUUAAGUCGUUUGGUCUUUCGUUUGUUUUUUCUACCGUCCCGGCUUCCCCUUGAAGUUUUUUCUCAUCUUUACGCUUGUUCAAAGACUCGACCUUUUUCCAUAUUCUUCUCCUAAAUAAUACUUGCCUCAAAGAGUCUAAAUAUUGCUAGAUCAUUAAUAUUUAUGAUCUUGGGUGUCAUCAAGAUUUGUUUUUUCAUGUAAAUUUGUUUGUUUAGUAGCUAAAUUUUGACUUUUCUUGAUCUGGGUCAUCUUUAUUUUUCUCUAUUUAAUUGAGGAAGUAAAGAUGAAGGAAAAAAUAGGGAUUUUAGUGUGUGUAUGGUUUGUGUUGUUUGGUUCUUGUUUUGGUAGAUUUGUGGUGGAGAAGAAUAGUUUGAGAGUAACAUCACCAGACUCAAUUAAAGAUGUGUAUGAGUGUGCAAUUGGGAAUUUUGGGGUACCACAAUAUGGAGGAACAAUUGGUGGUAUUGUUAUGUAUCCAAAAGCUAAUCAAAAAUCAUGUAAAGAUUUUGCAGAUUUUGAUAUCUCAUUCAAAUCUAAGCCUGGUGCUAUGCCUGUCUUCCUUCUUGUUGAUAGAGGAGAUUGCUAUUUCACACUGAAGGCUUGGAAUGCUCAGAAAGUUGGAGCAGGUGCUAUUCUUGUUGCUGAUGACCGUGUUGAACCUUUAAUUACCAUGGACACCCCCGAGGAAGAGGAUGCACAGGCAGAUUAUUUGCAAAAUAUAACUAUUCCAUCUGCUUUAAUUAGCAAAUCUCUUGGGGAUAGCAUCAAGAAGCAACUAUCUAAAGGAGAAAUGGUUAACAUAAACCUCGAUUGGAGAGAGGCUCUUCCACAUCCCGACGAGCGAGUGGAGUAUGAAUUUUGGACCAAUAGUAAUGAUGAGUGUGGGCCCAAGUGUGAAAGCCAGAGAGAGUUUGUCAAAAACUUCAAGGGGGCUGCCCAGAUACUUGAGCAGAAGGGUUAUACACAGUUUACUCCCCAUUACAUAACUUGGUAUUGCCCGGAGGCUUUUAUUUUGAGCAAGCAAUGCAAGUCUCAGUGUAUCAACCAUGGCAGAUACUGUGCUCCAGACCCUGAGCAAGACUUCAGUAAAGGUUAUGAUGGGAAGGAUGUUGUUUUGCAAAAUUUACGGCAAGCUUGUUUUUUUAAGGUUGCCAAUGAAACUGGAAAACCCUGGUUGUGGUGGGAUUAUGUCACUGACUUCGCAAUACGGUGUCCAAUGAAAGAGAAGAAAUACACGAAAGAAUGCGCAGAUCAAGUAAUAAAGUCACUUGGCUUUGACGUCAAAAAGAUCGAAAAAUGUGUUGGAGAUCCUGAAGCAGAUACUGACAACCCUGUUCUAAAGGCUGAACAGGACACCCAGAUAGGUAAGGGUGCUCGUGGGGAUGUGACUAUCUUGCCAACUCUUGUUAUAAACAAUAGACAGUACAGAGGUAAGCUGGACAAGGGAGCAGUCCUCAAGGCAAUUUGUUCAGGCUUUGAGGAGACAACCGAGCCUGCAAUUUGUUUAACUGAAGAUGUAGAAACAAAUGAAUGCUUGAAAUCAAAUGGUGGGUGCUGGCAGGACAAGGCUGCUAACAUUACAGCGUGCCGGGAUACUUUCCGUGGUAGAGUAUGUGAAUGCCCAGUAGUUCAGGGAGUAAAAUUUGUUGGUGAUGGUUAUACUCACUGUGAAGCAUCUGGAGCAUUGCGAUGUGAAAUAAACAAUGGAGGCUGUUGGAAGGGAACCCAAAAAGGCAGGGCAUAUUCUGCUUGCAUUGAUGAUCACACAAAGGGUUGCAAAUGUCCACCAGGAUUCAGAGGGGAUGGAGUUAACAAUUGUGAGGACAUUGAUGAAUGCAAGGAGAAGCUGGCUUGCCAGUGUGCUGAGUGCAAAUGCAAGAACACUUGGGGUAGUUAUGAUUGCAGUUGCAGCGGCAAUUUGUUGUACAUGCAUGAACAUGACACGUGUAUAAGCAAAGAUGCCAAAUCGGAGUUCAGCUGGGGCCUUGUUUGGACUAUCAUAUUGGGUUUGGCUUUUGCAGGGGUCGCAGGAUAUGCUGUGUACAAGUACAGAAUCCGGAGAUACAUGGACUCAGAGAUUCGCGCCAUCAUGGCACAAUAUAUGCCUUUGGAUCAAGGAGAGGGGGCUAAUCAUGUUUCCCACGGGAACGUCUAAUUAUAGAUCAUUGCUGAAGAAUGAUGGUGGCAUCAGCUUAAGUUCUUUGUGCUUAUGCUAUUCCUCUAGAACCCUCGUUUAGAUAAACAAGUUAGAUCUUAUUUAUGUACAUGUAUGUCCUAACUAUGCACAUAAACCCAAUAAUAGGAAUAUUUUCCUUGAAUUGGAUUUGCGCGAUGUUUCACUCUUGGAAAUAAGGAAAUGCGCAGUAUCAGUUUGUAUUCCA